AUGGCAUCAGAUGCUGAAGACCCAGUCGAGGUAUCGGCUGUCGCAGACGACUCUCCGCUGGGAAUCGGAGAUGGAGAUGGAGAUGGGCGGCUGGAGACAGAGGAAGAGGUGACAAGGACGGAAGGGUCCUCAGUGCUUUGGGGUGAAUUUCAAGGCACACAGCAGAAUGAUGGAGAGGAAGAGGGUGACUGGUUCACAAGGGGUCUGCAUGCAGGCCAACCUGAUGACAGCUGGGUGGCCUUCAGAGACAGCGAGGAAUCGCAUAGCGAUAAUCAGGAAGGACUCUUAACACAAUGUGGUGGUCGAUGGUGGUGUGAAAGCAGCACAACACUCUGCACAAGAGAACAUUCUCCAAACAAAAGCAGUGUUGGACACAUAUUUGAACAUUGUUUUCCUCCAAUAUCCCAUCCACACACAGAAGAAGACAUAAAACCACUGGAGUCAUUAUUACAUGACAUUGGAUUGCAGGGACACAGGCAGACUAAUACCAGAGACACAUGUGAUCACAGAUCGGCAGACUGUCCAAGGGGGGCGACACCUGACCACACGCAAGAUCCUGAUAUGCUGUAUAAAUGGGAAGGAUCCCAAGUACGAAGCGCCUACCUCUCAUCUCUAAACAUCAAACCCAAUGACAAGAUCCCACCAAACAGAACUCGUUCCUCUCCAGCUCCUAAACAGAGAAUCCAGCCACAUAAAAUGAGCACAGGACUGGGACGAGAGCUAAAACUAAUGAAGGUGGCCUCCGUAUCUGUCCAUGUUACUGGAUUUAGCCCUUCCCACCAUCUCCAGUCCCUGUUCCAGCAUUGGUCCCAACCCAGCGGGAAAACAAGGCUGAAAGUGGCCUAUGACUUUAACCGCAGCCUCCUCGUGUAA